AUGGAAAUUGUUGCUAAUGCUAAUCCUAGUAGUGUUCAAGUUCAACAUGUGACUAAAAAAUCAUCUGAUGAGCUGCUGAGGAAGUUUGCUCAACUGGAAGAUGAUGAUGAAAAAACGGGUGGUGCAGCUAGGAAGGAGUUAAGGGUGGUGGUGAAACGGAAGAAAAGAAAUGGCUGGGCGAGGAGAAGGGAAUCGGGUGGUUAUAGUCAGUGUGAGAGUCCUUCUGGCAAUGGAAGCAGCAGCAGCAGCUUAGUGGAGAGGAAAUGGCUUCUUCCUCCGGUGGCGACGCGGAGGUCCACAUUGAUUAGGCAACUCGGGAUUGCUAGGGAAAUCAAGAAAAGGUCCCUCUUGGGCAUCAUUGAGAAGACUUGGCGUAAAACUAUUGAAGGAGCUUCAAAAGUUGUGAUGGAGAAACAUUAUAACAGGCAUAGGCGUCUGGUUAAUGAUGUUAUCUAA